GGGACCCGUGGCCUCGGCGCGUAUGGUAUCCUGGGCUGCGCGGGUUGAGCGCUGUUCCUGCGCUCUGGAGUCCUUGCGCCGCCGCCGCCGCCGGGAUCAUGGUGUUCUACUUCACCAGCAGCAGCGUUAACUCAUCUGCUUACACUAUUUACAUGGGCAAGGAUAAAUAUGAAAGUAAGUUCUCAAAAGCAUUUGAUUUUGAAAUUGCCAGCAGAGCUGUUGGAGUCUCCCCAGGAGCCCUUGGAGCCCUUGGAGGCGGCAGCUGUCUUAGUCUGCUGUGUCAGAAAGAUGAAGACCUAAUAAAGUAUGGCUGGCCUGAGGAUAUUUGGUUUCAUGUGGACAAACUCUCUUCGGCUCAUGUAUACCUUCGAUUACAUAAGGGGGAGACGAUAGAAGACAUUCCAAAGGAAGUACUGAUGGACUGUGCCCAUCUUGUGAAGGCCAAUAGCAUUCAAGGCUGCAAGAUGAACAACGUUAAUGUGGUAUAUACACCGUGGUCUAACCUGAAGAAAACAGCUGACAUGGAUGUGGGACAGAUAGGCUUUCACAGGCAAAAGGAUGUGAAAAUUGUGACAGUGGAGAAGAAAGUGAAUGAGAUCCUGAACCGAUUAGAAAAGACCAAAAUGGAGCGGUUCCCAGACCUAGCGGCAGAGAAAGAAUGCAGAGACCGUGAAGAGAGGAAUGAGAAAAAAGCCCAAAUUCAGGAAAUGAAAAGGAGAGAAAAGGAAGAGAUGAAGAAGAAGAGGGAAAUGGAUGAACUUAGGAGCUAUUCAUCGCUAAUGAAAGUUGAGAAUAUGUCUUCAAAUCAGGUCGUUCUGGCUCUGGUUCCUCCCGUAGCCUGCCUCCCACCACUUCCGAGGGGAGCAGGAGAUCAUCUGCCAUGUUGUGUUAAUGGUGUUGCCUCUGAUGGAAAACCUUCCUUCUCCGUCCACACAACCAGAAGGGAGCAGAAGCAACUGCAGAGGUUGACGGCGCAGGCACGGUCUUGGACUUAGAGCUGCCAAUAACAAACAUAAAGCGUGCCUGUGAAGCUCGGAUAUCAGAUAAUAUAUAUGAACGAGCCCGUAUAUGGAAAAUGAUAUGCAAAUGUAAGGCGACAUUGUUUUUAUUUUCAAUUCCUUCUCCUGAAGAGGAUUUUUCUUGGCCCCAAGCUAUAAGAACAUAGGAAAAAGGAGUAUAGGGGAAUUAUUCAAGCCUAAGAGAAGUCUCUCUUUGAUUUUCUGCAAUCACACACCACUGAAUUUGCUGACCUGGAGAUCCUGACAUCUGUGUCCUGGGGCAGAACUGCCUGGGCCAGCCUGUCAACCACCUGCAGGGAGGGAAAGAAGGAGGGACAGGGCGUAGGAUCUUGCCAAGUGGUGAAGUCUAUGAAUCAGAGUUGGCUGGAACCGAGCAUCAGCGCUAGGUUGGCCAAUGCAAAUGACACAGCUGGAUUUUCUGGCUCCAGCCCUGGCUUCAGCAUCCCACGCCUCUGGGCACAGGGGGGCAUUUUGGGAAGCCAAGCAGCUGCCCACCUGGCAGAGGAACUCCACUGUUCCUCUGAGUCUGGGGGAGUCCAAGAGUGGGCAGGUGAGUCUGAGCUGGCUUCCAUGGGACUUGAAGCACCCUCCACACCCCUCCCCUUGCCCCAGCACUGAAUCUCAACAAUACUAUCCAAAGAGGUGCAUGGCUGAAGCUUCCUGGCCCCAGUGGGGCACAUUAGAGAGAAAACCAGGGGGUCACGGAAGCCCAGGUAGGGGACAGCACUGUGGACAGGAGGCUGGGGCCUUAUUCCGAUCCUUCUCCACCCUGGCCUGGUCACUUACUCCUCCUCCCUGAGUCCCAGUUACCCCAGGUCUUGAGUAGGGCCCAGAAAUCUUUUCUUGUAAAAUCUCCUCAGGCGAUUCUGAUGAUCACACAGGUUAGAAACCAGGCGCUCAACCAGAUGGUCACUAAAUCUAUUGACUGGUUUUUGGCAGCUGUUCCUGCCUACUCCUCUGCCUUUCUCUGAAUUGUGUUCACUUAAAUAAAUAAACCAAUAUAUGGGAGGGACUCAUUCAAGGAGAGAAGAAAUAUGAACUGACAUUUCCUGAGGAGAUCUUCUGUGCUGUGUGCUUUACCAUCUUCAUCUCUGUGCCCCCUGCCCAGAAAUCAGGCAUAGACUGUAAUGUACUCUCAGCAACUUGCCUUGUUCCCUUUUCCUGACUCUGAAAUGCAAGGGCUGCUCUGCUGGGGAUCUCCUCACAGUCUAAGGGGGGAAAAUGGGAAUGGGAACUCACGUUUCUUUUUUGCUAUUUUAGUUACAUUUAAUUUUUUUAAACUAAAAAUUGUAUGAAAGGAACAUCCAUAUGUGUUUUUUAAGGUCUGUAAGGAAAAAUAUUAAUCAUCUGCUUUAUCUCUCCCCAUAUUCCAAAAUUGCCCCCCCCCAUUGCCCACAAAACCACUUUUACCCACUUCUUUUGGUAGUUCUCUCUGUAAUAUAUUAUACUGCUUUUUUUUUGGUAUGGCAGUUUUAGACUUGUCUGUUAUGAUAAUAUGUGAGGUGUUAGCUCUCUUAUUGCCUCCCCCACCUGUUAUCUUCCCAUCCUCUCAAUAUAGUUGAAUCACUAUCCUGUAUUUUAUGUCAAUAGUCAGGGUGUACAUCAUUAAGACUUUAGAAAUAUUGUUUGUGGCAGAGUCAAGUAGCACACUAUCAUUGCACACUUUCCUGUAUAGUUUUUAUUUUUCCUGGAGUUAUUAAUUGCUUUUCUUUUUACUUGCAUAAUUUUCCGUAAUUCUUUUCAGAAGCUCCAUCAUAUAAUCUACCAUAUCAUUUAUGUUAUCAAGUGUCUGUUUUUUCUAGAGAGCCUUCCGUUCUUCUCCCGUCUGGACAGGUCACUCCCUAGGUUUGCUCUGGAGAGUCCUGUGAGAGUUCUCUUCACCAUUCUUCUGAGUUGCAACCCCAUUUCCUGGAAUCUGGCUUUUUCUCUCUGAGUUUGGUUUUUUGUUUGCUGCCACCUGUUCUCCCACAGUUUCCUAAGAAUUGUUGAUGGGAACUAAAUUUCCUGAAUCUUUGCAUGUUUGGAAAAUAUUUCUCUUUUGCUCUCAUAUUGGGCUGAUAGAUUAACUGGGUACAGAAAUGUAGACUGAAAAUAAUUUUCCAUCAUGGUUUUAAGAUACAUUUGCUCAGGAGAAGUGUAAUGCCAUUCUUAUUCCUUUGUGUGUAAUUUUUUUCUUUGUUCUGUCUCUGGAAGCUUUUAAGUUCUUUGCUUUAUGCUUGGUGUUCUGGAAUUUUAGGAUCAAACUCUUGGGUUUAGGUUUUUAAAAAUUCCUUGUUCUGGGCCUUUGGCAGGUUCUUUUAAUCCAGUGACAUGAACUCUUUAGUUCUAGGAACAUUUCCUAUAUUAUUUAUUUGAUCAUUUUUCUUCUCCAUUUUCUCUCUCUUUCUGGAAUUUCUGUUAGUCAGUUGUUAAUCCACUUGAAUUAAUCCCCUAAUUUUCUUAUCUUUUCUCUCUUAUUUCUUAUUUCUGUGUCCUAUCUUCUGAGAAGUGUCUUCAGUCGUAUCUUCUAACACUUCUGUUGAAAGUUUUAUUUUAUUUACUAAUUUCCAAGAACUCUUUCUUGUUCAAUGUUUCUUCCUUUUUCAUCGCACCUUGUUCUUGCUUUAUGGCCUCUCAUAUUUCUAUGACCAUAUGAGAUGGGUUGUCCAGAUUUGAGAAUGAGAAACUACAGAAGUUGUUUGGAUGCUCUCUGCUGCUUUCCGCUUCAGAGUGACUGAGAUGAGACUUGGCCGUUUCUUUGGAAGACCCUCCUCCCCCUGAAUAUUAGUAUCUGGAAAUUUCUGCCUCGGGGGCUAUUCAGUUUUUCUGAAGAACCCUAUCUUCCUACCUGGGGAAGAUGGCCAUCAGCAGGUAGAACAAGAGGAAGGGACUGGAGGCCCGCCUGCUCUACAGCGAGACUUUCCAUUAAUACCUCUUUUUCAGCCCUGAGUCUCACCCUCACUAUUUGGUGCCUGAAGCCCCCAAGUUCAUAGCCUUUUCUGUCCUCUUUCUCCUAAGAAUAAUGCCUGUUUCCUGCCUAAGGAGUAAGUAUCUGGCUGCUAGUAUUCCGAACGUAGAUAGGUUUCUAGCCUGUGUCCUCACGUUCCUCCAUGCCUCACCCCACCCGCCUCCCUGCCCAGUGCCUUCACGUUCUCAGUUUCUCCAGGGGUCUGUGGCAUGGCUUGGCUCUUUUCUCGUAGGGAUCAUUCUCAGCGAGCGCAUUUCUCCUCCUCAGUGCUGAAAUAGUUACUACUGCUCCCAUCAUCAAAGCCUCCUCUUCUGCAACGUCCAUUCGUCUCCAAGUCCGUUGAUCCUUCCUUUCAAUCACCUCUCGCAUUUACCUGCUUUCCCCUUCUCUGCCGUCACUUCACCUCCACAGUCAGACCCUGUUGUCUCUUACCUGGUUCAUUCCAACUGCCUUCUUCUAACAGUCCCCUCACCCUCUGGUGCAUUUCUUUCCAAUCAGUUCUGCACCCUGUAACUACACAAAUUUGGUCAUCUCAUUCCCCGCUGAAAGCCUCAUUAAAGUGUAGACUCAGGACAAAACCUAAACUGGAGCACGGAUGGCCAGCCUUCCCUGCCCUCUUCAGCCUCUCCUGCCCCGAUCUCCUUCCCACAACACGUGCUCCGUCUUCCGCUGUCCUGGACUGUUUCUGUUCUUCUGUUAAGCCAUGCUUUCUCUUACCACCACGCCUGUGCGCAGGUUGCUUUUUGCUUUUCUUUUUCUUGUCAAGCACUCCUACCUAUCCUGCCAGCCUCGGCUCAGAUGCCAUUUCCUCAGGAAAGAUUUUCCUGGCCCCAAGACUAGUAUAUGCUCCACAUACAUCCCCAGGGCAGCACUGCUUGUCCUUCCUGAGCUACAAGCCCCUCUGGAGCAGGAACAAUAGUUUGAUUACUCUUGCAUCCCCAGUGCCUAGCACAGCACCUGGCACAUAAUAUAUACUCAAUAAAUACUUGUUGAGCAAAUGAACAUAUGAAUAAAUGAUUGGAUUUCUAUGUUCAGAUGCAGAAAGUGAGGUUUAGAGAGGCCAAGCAAAUGAUUCAAGGUCAUCCAGCUGGGAUCUGCACUGAGGUCCCUCUGGCUCCAAAGUCUAGGAGCCCCUGUUUGAUGAUGGGCACUUCGUCUUUUCAGCUGCACUUACUUUCCUAGGCCUUGGCCUCUGGCUCAGAGAUGUUGACCUUUGCCCCUCUGGGGAUUGAAUUUUCAGGGCCCUCUAGGGUGGCUUUACUGUCAGCAUUCGUCUCCAGCUGCUCCUGCCUGGAUCUCCCAAGGUCCUGCAGUAGGUGCCUGCCAGCCAAGUGUCUGUAAUAAGAGACACUGGCGCCUGAGGGAGGCGGGUGGGGGUCAUCGCCCGUUCAGCACCAGGCUCUGUGGACCUGCCCCUCCUUUCCCAUCCCCUCCUCAGCCCCCCUCAGCAUGCAUUUUCUCUGCCCCAGGCACCCAGAGAAACUCAGACUGUGAGGAAUGUUAUGGGGGAUGCAGAUGGGAAGUGUGAGGAAGGCAGCUUGUUGGUGCCCUCCCUAGCUGCUCCCUUAACGAGCAAAGGUGUGAGUUCUGUUUUGGCCAAAUUCAGAGAUCGCUGUCCUCUGGGGAGAAGUCAGGGCUGAAAGUUCAGAUUAUUUUGCAGCUUUUGAAGCAAACAUCCACUCAGAAAAUAUGAUGUCACCAAGGAUGGUUUGAUUACCCUGUGGGGUGCUGGCAGCAAAGCCAGCGCUCUGCCGUCUCCACUCGUCGUCCCUCAGGAGAGAGACAAGAAGAGCAGGCGUUUCAAAGGAAUAAUGCUUCUGAAGGGAGGCGUCCCAGUGUCUUCUGGGUGGGUGUGUGUGUGUGUGUGUGUGUGUGAGAGAGAGAGAGAGAGAGAGAGAGAGAGAGGAGAGAGAGUCCCAGAAACCCGAGAUAUGAAACAAACCCCGCGCAGGGGCUCUGUAAAUGCUCUUAUUAAGUGUCUCUGCAGCUGGAACCAUAGCUAGUGCAGGAAGCUUCCCUCUAGUCCAGGCCAGUCCAGGGUCUUUAGUAUUGACUAUAAGGAAAGCGAGGGGCUGCUGACUAAUAUUUCUUUUGCCGUCCUGAGAGUCCGGAGAGGCCGACCUGGAGCCCAGGAAGCUGUGAAGAGAGCGUCAACUCUUGGUGCCAAACGACUUCUCUUUCUCCCUUCCCUCUUUCACUCCUUUUCUUUUUGCUUGGAUUCCUUCCUCAUUUCAGCUGUUCCUCUUUCUCUUUUUUCCUUUUCUGCUGCUUCCUUUUCUCAUCUCCUUCUCACCUUAAGCUGAUAAUAUCUAACUUUAUUUGUCCAUUAGUAGAUGCCAGCCCCUCAUUUUUUCUAAACACCUUAUUUGUACUGUCAUUUAAUAAAAAUUAUUUUUUUCCUUUAAAUGUUUUACACAAGUCAUCAUUGCUCAUUGUAAAAAA